CACCUCCCUGCCGGCCUCCUCCCAGUUUGCCACUGGGGUUUGCAACCUCCUGGUCACCUCAGUCAAUGCAGGGACCCAGCAUGGGCACCUUCUUUGUAGUUCCAGGAACAGUUUUGUUGCCAUGGAGGCCACAGUGAAUUGAGGAGUGUAAAGGUAGCUGUUUGUUUUUAGUCUCAAAGAUCGGCCCAAAAUAUAGGCUGUUGCUCCUCUUCCGGAAAAGCCUGAUUGGUAGGAUUCUUCCAGUUCAGCAGACGUGCUUUAUCUCAUUCCUUCACCAACUUCAAAACUAGAGCUCACCGAGAUCCUGUGGAGGAAAACCUGCCAGGUCUAUCAUUUCACACAAAUGGCUGAUCCUGGAGGUGGUGCUGUUUGCAAUGGGACUCUUCACAGUCAGAACAAGGACUGUCACAGUGAAAAUGGGACAGUGAGAGAAGCUCAGCAAAAUGGAAAUUCCAAUUUCUAUAAGCCAAUUGUUGAAUCCUUUGAGGAAGCACCUCUUUAUGCUGUGAUUUUAACUUAUAUGGGAUAUGGAAUUGGGACGCUGUUUGGCUAUCUCAGAGAUUUUUUGAGAAACUUGGGUAUAGAAAAAUGCAAUGCAGCUGUAGAGCGAGAAGAACAAAAGGAUUUUGUGCCGCUGUAUCAAAACUUUGAGAAUUUUUAUACACGGAACCUUUACAUGAGAGUCAGAGACAACUGGAACCGGCCCAUCUGCAGUGCCCCGGGGGCUCUGUUCGAUGUGAUGGAGAGGGUUUCAGAUGACUACAACUGGACAUUUAGGUUUACUGGAAGAAUCAUCAAAGAUGUCAUCAACAUGGGUUCCUACAACUUCCUUGGCCUGGCAGCCAAGUAUGAUGAAUCCAUGAGAACAGUAAAGGAUGUGUUAGAAACGUAUGGCCUAGGUGUGAGCAGCACCAGACAAGAAAUGGGAACCUUGGAUAAGCAUAAAGAGUUGGAGGACCUUGUGUCUAAGUUUCUGAACGUAGAAGCUGCUAUGGUCUUUGGGAUGGGAUUUGCAACUAACUCAAUGAAUAUCCCUGCACUAGUUGGAAAGGGGUGCCUCAUUUUAAGUGAUGAGUUAAACCAUGCAUCUCUUGUGCUUGGGGCCCGCCUCUCAGGUGCAACCAUAAGGAUCUUCAAACACAACAGACCCAAGAUCCAGUCACUAGAGAGUGGAUGUUGGGGACAGCUUGGGAUGCACUCUAUUAACCAGGAAAGCCUCAGAUUAAGAGGCUCUCAUAUUGGGUUAUCAAGAAUCAUUUCUUUAUCCUUAACCCUGGCCAUCAUGAUUAUAAUAUGUCUUGGUGGAGGUGACACAAAUCUUCCUAGGAGGGUGCAUCCUGGUGACCACCAUUUCUUCUUAUGCUUUAGCAUGGAAGGUUCCAUUGUGCAUCUGCCCCAGAUCGUGGCCCUAAAGAAGAAAUACAAGGCUUACCUCUACGUAGAUGAAGCUCACAGUAUUGGGUCUGUGGGCCCCAGCGGUCGUGGUGUGGUGGAGUUCUUUGGAAUGGACCCCAGAGAUGUUGAUGUGUGCAUGGGCACAUUUACCAAAAGCUUUGGAGCCUCAGGAGGUUACAUAGCUGGAAGAAAGGACCUUGUGGAUUAUUUACGGGUUCACUCGCACAGUGCUGCAUAUGCUACAUCCAUGAGCCCCCCAGUAGCUGAGCAGAUCAUCAGGUCAAUGAAGUUCAUCAUGGGACUGGAUGGGACCACGCAAGGCUUGCAGAGAGUACAGCAACUUGCCAAAAACACACGAUACUUCAGACAGAGACUGAAAGAAAUGGGAUUCAUUAUCUACGGCCAUGAGGAAUCUCCAGUGGUCCCCCUGCUCCUUUACAUGCCUGCUAAAGUAGCGGCUUUUGCAAGACAUCUUUUAGAGAGAAAAAUUGGCAUAGUAGUCGUCGGAUUUCCAGCUACUCCCCUCGCAGAAGCCCGGGCUCGGUUUUGUGUUUCAGCAGCACAUACCCGGGAGAUGUUAGACGCAGUUUUGGAAGCACUGGAUGAGAUGGGUGACCUCCUGCAGUUGAAAUAUUCCAGGCACAGGAAAUCAGCUCGCCCUGAACUCUAUGAUGAGACAAACUUUGAACUUGAGGAUUGAGUUUCCUGAUCCUGAGUGGAACCUAAAGACCUCACCAGAAAGACCUCCCUCCUUUCCUCAAAAAGAAUAUAAGUUGAUUUCUCCUCCUUUCUAAGGACAGUUUUGGUUUCCAAACCAGCUUUAUUGAACCAAGGGAGACAUGAUUUUUGUUGUGUUUCUAAUGUCUCAGCAGAGACAAACUUUGGUUCCAGAGUUUACCUUUCUCCUCUUCCAAGUAUCCUGCUACAAAUACACACCUGUACUUCUUUGAAUGUUUUUAAUAUCAAUGGGCCUGUGUUUUAACUGCUACUGUGCAGCCUUUUUGCUCUAGACCCUUUCAGGUGUUCCAACCAAAUGAGAGGGUUUUGAUUUUUAACUCAGUAGAUUUCACUAUGUGUUUAUUUAUGUAAUCUGCAGACAGGGCAGGAGUGGGGUGGGGGCAGGUGCUGAAGUCCUUUUUACCCAUGACAGCACCAGCUAAAACUCAUCCAUGUCAUGGGAAGUUCCAAGCAAGAGGGUAAAGAAAUGUGGCUUCUCCCAUUUGCCACAUUUGGACUUUUUCCAAGAACAAGUGUCAAAAGCCAUAUUCAAUAUUUCCAGGGAGAGAGCAGACCUGGUCAGCAACCAAAAGGAUCUUUAAAGGAAACUUUCAUUUUCCUUUUGUUGAUCUCCUACCACUUUACAGCUGAGUUCUUAAGGAUUGGAAAAUUCAAGACUUUUAUUUCAUCAGGAAGGGGACAGAAAGUAAGUCAAAUUUUAAGCCUGAAUUAAAACUUUAAAUUGAUUACAACUAGAACAUUGUCGGUGCCUUGUGGACUGAAUGUUCAGCCCACAUGAUCUUUACUAUCUUUAGGAAUGAGUUGUCAUUUUCCUAUUGAAUUUGGAGUAUGUGGUGAAAUUCAAGGUCCUUUAGAGUUGACUUCCAAGACUACACUUGAAGAGCAUAUUGAUUCAAAAAUGACAUUUAAAAGUAAAUUCCAUUAAACUUUUUCAGUUUUGACAGGCCUAUUAAAUGAUACUGUCAUUUGGCAGGAACACUCCAAUUGGGUGCUGGGUGGGCUUGUACACUAUUGGACAACUAAUUGUAAUUUACCUAAGUUUUCUCUGUCUCUCUGUCACUAGAUGUCUGCCUGUCUGCCACUCUCUCUUUCUCUAAAUGUUAACACACACUUUUCUGCAAAAGUAGCCCUUUGCUAAUUGGACCUGGUUGAUAUGGAAAAGGCCAGUGGAAAAUUUUAUCUUUAAUAUGGUCCCUGAUUAUGCUCAGGCUGGGAAACUAAAAAACAGUGAUGAUCUUUCAACAAAGCUUCUGUAAUUGUUCAAAUGAAUUACAGCAUAUUUCUCUCCAUCAAAUUACACUAUAAACAAAUCAUUUCAAGAGAGGUUUGACUUUGCAUGACACAGGUGGGCCCAGACUUUCAUAGUGGGAGCUGAGAUGGAAACUCUGCCCACAGCACAGUGUCAGAUGGAGCAGCAGACCUAGAUGCUCACAGCUUAUUUGAAGUUAAAAGUGAUCAGUGUGGAAAUCUUUUUUAUGGGGAAAUGAUAACCCUCAGUAGGCACCUCAGCUUAAAUGUGUAUCACAAUGAUAAAUUUCCUCAUGAAUGUGUGCAAGGAGUCCUAUAAGCAGAAGAGGAGAGGAAGUGGGUUUUGAAAAUCCAGUUGCCCCAUCCAAGGACUGAUAUUAAUAUCUCAAUUCCAGAUUAAAUUCCAAUUCUCCUCAGUGAAGUGGUGCAGCAUUCCUUGUGUAAAGAAAAUCUAUAUUGUAUAAAUGAACAAUGCAAAUACACAUAGGUAUUUCUCUUGAAAAUGUGCAUUUAAUUGAAGUUGUUCCUAAUUAAGUGUCCAAAAUGUACCUUUAUCAAGAUCCCAGAGUCCUGGCCAAUUCAUUAUAUUCUCCAAUUCAAGAUAAAGGACCUAUCUGUGUCAAAGCAUCUGUGUUGAGAAUACACUUAGAGAACAUCAGGGAUCAAAGUGGAAUGUUUCCUGAGCACAUUAGAGAGGCCCAGGUCCCAAAGGGCUGGUAGUAUAUAAGAAUAUAUGUCAUAUACAAUAAGUUUGGUUAAGAGGGUGUUUAUGAGAAUGUUUAAGUUUUAUUAAGAAAAAAUCUACUGCAAGGUUAGUAAAACCAUGAUUUAAAUUCAAUAGGGAUUAUUGAGUCUCACUAACUAUACCAGAAUCAAAAAUGCCCGUUUAGUUGAUUCUGUUCCAAAAGACAAUUUUCCAACAGAACUAUAGCUUUAUUCACCCCCAGCUCUCCAACUUGUGGAUGCACAUGUGCACACACACACACGAACACACUUUUCCCUUCCUUUACAGAGCAAGUAAGACAGUAAUGGUACAGAGAUGAAAAACUGGUGGAAGAUAUUGUUCUAAAGGUGACCUUCACGGAAGUAGAAGGUAAAGGAUCUAGAUGGAUAUUCGUGAGGAAUAUAUAUCUACUCAUUUGGGAGAUAGUGUAGACACCUUUCUUGUCUUGUCAUGGAACUGCAGUAUCCUGGGUGUUUGUCUCUAUUGCCAUUCAGCAUGUUUUGCCCUGCCAGAGACGAAUCAGAAUUUGCUGGGAAUCUUGUUAAAAUGCAGACCCCUAGGCCCCAUACCAGGCUUCCACUGAAUCAGACUAGCUAUCAUGCCCAGGUAUCUGAAAUUUAUCCAGCCUUCCCAGGGGAUUCUAAUCCAUUUCAUAGUUUAAGAACCACUCUUGGAACUUUUUGUUUUGGUAGAUCAGUUGGCUCUAAUAACAUACCAGGAAAUUCGUUUUGAUUCUCUGUUGGCAAUUAAGGUUUUUUAUGCUACUAAAAUAAAAUUAAUUAUUCUUAACUUUUAUCCUCAAUGGGAUUUUUUGUUCCCAUUUCCCAGGUGUCUUCUCUUUUAACAAGAAUGGAUCCAAUGUUGAAGAAUAAUCUGCCAUUCAUUUGUACAAAAUUAUCCUUUCUCUAGUUAUCUUCUGUUUUAUUGCCUACAAGAUAUCCCUUUUGUUUUUCAUUCCUUUGUCCCAUUUAAUAUGGACUUGUUUCUUUUCCUUUUUUCCUACCCCUAUUUAUUUAUUCCAAAAAAAGCUCUUGGACAAGGUGAAAAUCUUAAUAGUUCUUCAAACAUUCAAUGCUCUCCUGUUAUUUUUCUUCAGAGAUAGAAAAUAUAAAUGGGUUACUCUGACUUAAAAGUUCUGAUGAGGAAAACUUAACUCUAUUAAAUAUACACUUUAUGGCAAUAAUAACAAUUGUGAUUUGAACUUAUCUGAUGAUUUAUUGACAAUUUUCCCUGGUCUGGGUAGGAACAACAUAUUUGAAGUCAGUUUUCUCAGAAUGAUGUCUGCAGCCAUGUAAUGUUCAGGACAUUAAAGAGAGCCUAUAUUUUAAAUGUUUCUAGGCAAUUAUUGUAGGACAUUGUCUUAUGUUGUGGUGUGUUGUGCAUGUGUGUGUGUGUGUUUCACAGAAGUAUUGGAAGUGACCAAUUUUAUUUUAUUCUAUCUGUGAUGUGUAAAUUUCUUUAAUAAACAAAUUAU